CCUCGGAAAAAGGUCGCUGCCUGAGGGUGAUCGUCAGGGCAUCUGGAGCCGGCGCUGGAUAUGACAGCAUGCGGGACGUCGGUGGCAGGGUGCUGAGGAGGCGGGCCCCUGUCGUCCAAGAAGCAACAGCCCCCCAACAAAGUGGUAGCCAAACAACAACUAGUGCCACCGCUGCCGAAAGUGCUGCACAGGAAUCUCAGCCAGUGCUCACUCAAGCAGGUCUCCCUAGAAGACGUAUAAAGUGGACGGUAGAGAAACAAUCGGCUUUCUGUAGUGAAUAUCCGGAGAUCAAAGUAUCUGAGCAGAGAGUGGCAGACCAAUAUCGAGUGAUAAUCAAAAAUAAUCUUAUCCCACAACCAAGACUGAAUGCCAUCAAACAGAAAGUGCAGCUUGAUCUUAUGCAACAAGAAGGGAGUAAUAACGAAAUACGCGAUAAUGGUCAAUCUGAGCAAGAACAGAUAGAAAGUGAACAGCCUGGAGUUGACGACAGUAAUGAUCAAGACACAGAAAUAUUUGGUAUAUUAAUAACUGAAAUGGGUAGAGCAUAUGCCGAAUUUGAUGGAACGAACCCGCUAGAAAGACCACCAUUACCAAAGUUGAAGUCAUCUAGAAAGCUUGCUGUGGUAUUGUGUCAGUUAAAUAAACAGAUCCUGCCAGAGUAUCUAGCACACUCCAACUGUAUAGAACAACUUCACACACUGAUAUACUGUGCAGCUGUUGCAACACGAUUGAAAAGGUAUAAAGCGUCCAGUCACAGAAAGCACGACAAUGCGCUCUUUCAACGAUCCGAAAAGGCAUUCUACAGGAAACUGUCAUCCGAACCCCAGGAAAAGAGCAAAACGGUGCCCACAAAGGACCAAGUAGAGGAAUUUUGGGGCAAGCAGUUUGGCUCGACAGCUUAUUACAACAAGUGUGCAGGAUGGAUUACAGAUGAAGAAGCGAAGAGCCAUUAUUGCAAUCCCAUGCAGUAUAGGGCAUAUACCAAACAAGAAAUCGUGGAUAUCAACUUGCAACAGUCUGAUAAAUGCAGGUACGGCUGUCAGGACUCCGAAACAAUACAGCACGUAACUGGUGGAUGCCAAGCAUUCGCUCCAACGGACUAUAAGGAGCGCCACGACAUAGCUGCCAAAAUCAUUCACCAGGAGUUGGCAUACAAAUUCAAACUGAUCGAAUGCAAGCUACAGUACUACAAAUAUACACCGCAAUGUGUCCUCGAGAACGACAAGUAUAAACUAUACUGGGAUCGCACUGUGCUUACGGACCAAUACAUAAAACAAAACAGACCUGACAUAAUCAUUGUCGACAAGGGCGCCCAGAAAGUAACUGACUGA